AUGGCAGUCGGUGCAACCACACCCACCCAAUUUCAAAACGAUAAUCAUAUUCUUUCCCAACUUCAUCCAUCUAUCAAACCAUCCACCCAUCCAUCCUCAAUCGAAGCCUCAAUCCAUCCACCCACCCAACCAACCCCUACACCACCAACAACCAAACCAAACCCAACUAACCAAACCCAACCAACCAUCCAAACCAACUCAACCCACCCAACCAACCAACCGAUCAACCAACCAACCCCUACACCACCAACAACCAAACCAAACCCAACUAACCAAACCCAACCAACCAAACCAACCCACCCAACCAACCAACCGAUCAACCAACCAACCCAACACUACCAACAACCAAACCAAACCCAACCAAAACCAUCCAUCCAUCCUUUCACCAUUCCAUCCAUCCAGCACCAAUCCAUCCAUCCAACACCAAUCCAUCCAUCCAACCACCCAUCCACCUCUUCACCCAUCCAUUCAUUCCUUUUCAGUCAUUCUUCCAUUCAUUAA